AUAAUGUCAUGAGUUGAGAAGACGAGACGAUGAAAGUAUGGAUAUCUUGUCCAUCUCCUCCACCGUUCAAUGCUCUCACACUCCACCACACUUGUCCACUUCCAUAAACCACCGCGCCUCCACUUCCGCCGCUUCAUUCAUUCGAGCUUCUACCUCAUCGCAAGACAAUUCUCACAAACCCACCACCAAUUCCCCCGACAUCCGCCGCCCCAUCACCACCAACAAGCCUCUCAAAACAUCCACUUCUCACUUCCCAGAAAACCCCCUCAAGAAAUUGGUUAAUCUUCGUAACCCUUCCGCCCCCAAUUCUCCGCCACACGACACUAUCAGCGCAAAGCUUUGGUUGUCAAGCAAACUCUCCCCUCCGCCACCUCCUCCACCGCCCUUGCCGCCGUUGCAAGAGAACAAAGCUGAUAACGGGCUUUCUGGAAAUUCAGAUGAAAAUGGAACGGAAGUGGAGUUCAGAGAGAAAGGCAAGAUCUUUGUGGGUAAUUUACCUCUUUGGAUAAAGAAAAUUGAGGUAGCUGAGUUUUUCAGGCAAUUUGGGCCCAUAAAGAAUGUGAUUCUGAUAAAGGGUCACGAUGAAUUGGAGAGGAAUAUGGGAUUUGGGUUUGUGAUUUAUAACGGAGAUAUGGCAGAGAAAGCUGCAAUGAAGGCUGUGGAGUUUGAUGGAGUGGAGUUUCAUGGAAGGGUGCUGACGGUGAAGUUGGAUAAUGGACAGAGAGUGAGGGGUAAAUAUGCAGAGAGGGCGAGGUGGGUGGAAGGCAAAGAAGGGGAAGCAUACCGGUCAGAGUGGCAUGAAGAGAGGGAAGGUUCACGAAAAGAAUUUGCAAAGGUUCUAGAAUCUCAUCCCGAGAAUUGGCAGGUCAUAUUGCGAGCCUUUGAGAGGAUAAAGAAGCCUUCAAGAAAAGAGUUUGGAUUGAUGGUGAACUAUUAUGCAAGGCGAGGAGACAUGCAUCGUGCGCGUGAAACAUUUGAGAACAUGCGUGCCAGAGGAAUUGAACCAACAUUACAUGUAUAUACAAACCUCAUUCAUGCUUAUGCGGUAGGAAGAGACAUGGAAGAAGCACUAUCAUGUGUAAGGAAGAUGAGGGAUGAGGGAAUCCAGAUGAGUUUGGUGACAUACAGUAUUGUUGUUGGAGGAUUUGCAAGAGUUGGGAAUGUUGAAGCUGCAGAGCUUUGGUUUAAGGAGGCGAAAGAGAGACUUACACGCUUAAAUGCCAUCAUAUAUGGGAACAUAAUUUAUGCUCAUUGUCAAAAGUGUAACUUAAGUCGUGCCGAAGUGUUGGUGAGAGAGAUGGAAGAACAAGGUAUAGAUGCUUCAAUUGAUAUAUACCAUACAAUGAUGGAUGGUUACACCAUGGUACAGAAUGAAGAGAAAUGUAUAAUGGUUUUCCACAGACUUAUGGAAUGUGGAUUUACGCCUUCAAUAGUUACUUAUGGGUGUCUCAUCAACCUUUAUAUCAAGAUGGGAAAAAUUCAUAAAGCUUUGGAAGUAAGUGAAAUGAUGAAAUCAGCAGGCGUAAAGCAUAACAUGAAGACGUAUUCCAUGUUGAUCAAUGGUUUUAUAUAUUUGAAAGAUUGGGCAAAUGCUUUUUCAAUUUUCGAGGAUGUAAUUAGAGAUGGUUUAAAGCCGGAUGUCAUUCUUUACAACAAUAUAAUAAGAGCAUUUUGUGGCAUGGGCAACAUGGAACGUGCUAUUCGUACUGUCGAAGAAAUGAAAAAGGAGAGGCAUAGACCUACCCCAAGAACGUUUAUGCCCAUAAUUCAUUCUUUCGCAAAGUCUGGAGAAAUGAGAAGAGCUCUCGAUGUUUUUGAUAUGAUGAGGAGAAGUGGAUGCAUUCCUACUGUGCAGACGUAUAAUGCUCUGAUUAUUGGCCUCGUUGAAAAGCGUCAGAUGGGGAAGGCUGUAGAUAUAUUAGAUGAGAUGUUGCUUGCCGGCAUUAAUCCCAAUGAGCACACAUACACAACCAUCAUGAAUGGUUACGCCUCAUUGGGCGAUAUCGGGAAGGCGUUUGAGUACUUUUCCAAACUUAAAAACGAGGGACUCGAGCUUGAUGUUUAUACUUACGAAGCCUUGCUCAAGGCAUGCUGUAAAUCAGGCAGGAUGCAAAGUGCUUUAGCAGUUACAAAAGAAAUGAAAACUCAAAAUAUCCCCAGGAAUACAUUUAUCUACAACAUAUUAAUCGAUGGAUGGGCUCGCAGAGGUGAUGUUUGGGAGGCUGCAGAUUUGAUGCAGCAAAUGAGACAGGAAGGUGUACAACCCGACAUCCAUACUUACACGUCGUUUAUAAAUGCUUGUUGCAAGGCCGGAGAUAUGCUGCGAGCAAUGAAAACAACGAAAGAGAUGGAAGCAGUUGGAGUGAAGCCAAAUAUCAAGACCUACACAACACUUAUAAACGGGUGGUCACGAGCAUCUCUCCCGGAGAAGGCACUCAAGUGCUAUGAAGAGAUGAAGCAGGCAGGAUUGAAGGCGGACAAAGCCGUAUACCACUGCCUAAUGACGGCGUUGCUAUCGAGGGCUACCGUUGCUGAAGACUACAUCUACUCAGGGAUCCUCAACCUAUGCCAAGAGAUGGUGGAGAACGAGCUGGUCGUAGACAUGGGCACUGCAGUUCAUUGGUCCAGAUGCUUACGCAAGAUCGAGAGGAGCGGCGGCACCAUUACAGAAGCCCUUCAGAGGACCUUCCCACCUGAUUGGAACUCUCACAAGGCUCUCGAUGCUAGCUCCGAUGAAGACGAGGACGGAUAUGGAGAUCGCGCUUCCUACAACAGCGAUGCUGAUGGCGAGGACGAAGCCAACUUCAAAGAAAGGUUUCAGUUCUAACUAGAUUUCACAUUGAUGUGUAUGUGUAGAAGAGAGUUAGCCUAGGUAUAGAUUUUAUUGGAUCUAAGUAGAGAAUUUUUUGUGACCUUUUUUAAUGUAUAAAUUUAAGUGUUUGUUCACUGUAUGAUAUUAUGGUUGAGUUUCGUGUAUUUUAUUUUUAUUUAGGGUAUAUCACUACAUUAUGUAGUAAUGAAAGGACAGCCAAGAUUGAAGUAGUGAGGUUCCUAAGUGAAAGCUUUUCAUGGUUGA